GGACUUAAGUGUAUAGUGCUGAGUUGCUGACGUCAAAUAUCAUGUCAAUAGCAACGGAUUUUCCCGCUUUCUUAUAUCUACUUGAAACCCUCCACAGAAACCUGCAAAUCACUUCACGCAACACACAAAUUUGAUUGAUCUUCCUCCGCUUCGUCUUCCUCUUCCUCCAUCUUUCACAGGAGGCAAGAAAAUGGAGCCAAUUCAACCAAGAGACAAAUAUCCGAAGGCCAAAAUUGAUGAACCAAAUCUGCGCUUACCCAAAGCGUUGCUGAAACCUGAUGGUGAUCCGAAUGAUGAUCUCUGCUAUAUGAAAAUUUUCGAAGAUGAUACAAGAAGAGCUCAGCACCUAGCUGAGACAAUUGCUGCAGGGGGAAAACUUGAUAGGAAAGUAUAUCGGAUUCGUAAUAAAGAACUUGCCAAAUUCGGUGGGAAAGAUUUUGAAGGGAUGACUGAGAUUCACAAAGCCUCAAAAGCCACAAUUGGGAUAUUAGCUGAUGCUGAAUCCAAUCUUCAUAGUCAUUCAUAUCUUGACUUAGUGGGUACUGUUGAAGAAGUCAAUAUAGCUGAAGGACUCAUCCUGGAUAACAUACUAAAGACAUAUAGUACCCUCGCUUAUCCAGUAAUUCUGAUGCCACCAACCAUUUAUGGGGACUACAUCAUCAUUCCUGUCAACAAGGUUAGUCGUGUUCUUGGCACCUACAGCAUAAAUAUUUUGAGGAUGGAAAUGGAGUGUGGUGCAUGGAUAAAGAUUGAAGCAGGUGCCCCUCCAGGUGGUUCGGAGCAGGAGAAAUUAAUCAACGUAUUUGGUCCACGUGAGAAUGUCAUGAAAGCCAUCAAAUUAAUUCGAGCAAUAACCUAUGAGCCUACGGAAGCUUCUGCAGCACAAGAAGAAUUGUGGCGGGAGUUUAACCAGCCUUGUUGGCGUGAGUAUUUUGAACGUAAGGAAUUAGCAGACGAAGCCCAGCCCCAGGUUGAGGAAUACUCCGGUGCACCGGAGAGGCAGGCUGAGGAAGGUGGUUCCGGUCAUAUAACAGAAAGAGCUAACCAAUAUUCAUCUGAAAAAAAGGAAAAGCGGCAAACCAGUACUUUUCUACGAAUGAAACCAGAGGGAUCUAAAUCGAAAGAAACAGUAGAAGGAGAGUUUAAAGUACCAAAAUGGAGUCAAACUUUUGGACAUAUCAAACCUGUUCAUCAUGAAUCGAAAAUAUUAGGGAAGGUAGAAGGUGGUUCCGGUGUAACAGAAAAAGAAGCUGAAUCUGAAAGUGAAAAAGGAGAAGCCAAGCUUAAGGAAUAUUCCGGUGAACUGGAAAAAGGGAAGCAGCAGGCUGAGGCAGGUAGUAUCGGUGAGCCGACAAGAGAAAAGAAAGAGCAUGAUGUUAAAGAAACAGAGGUUGAAUCAUUAAAAAAGAAGUCAAAAAAACUUAUUAUACGACUUAAGAAAUCUGGUGGUGGCGAGGGAUCUAAACAAACAGAAGAAGGGAAGGAUAAGGAAUCCGGUGAAUCGGAAAAAGGGAAACAGGCUGAGAAAGGUGGGCCCAUUGUAAUAGAAAAAGAAAAGCAGCCGGAGCAUGUGCAUGAAGAAGCUCAUGAUUUUGCAAAAACUGAAGAUGACAAAGAAGGUGAUUAUAGAUCAAAAGAGAAAAGACAGGUUGAGAAUGUUGAGCAUGCAAAAUCCGAAAAGGAAAAAGGAGGCAAAUUGAAAAUGGAGCAAAAGGCAAAGGCAGCAGCAAGAGACAAAUAUCCCAAGGCCAAAAUUGAAGAACCAAAUCUGCGGUUACCCAAAGCGUUGCUGAAGCCUGAUAGUGAUUCCACAGCCGAUGAUCUCACCUACAUGAAAAUUUUCGAAGAUGAUGCACGCAGAGCUCAGCAUCUUGCUGAGGCAAUUGCUGGAGGGGCGAAACUUGAUAGGAAAGUGUAUCGGAUUCGUAAUAAAGAACUAGUCAAAUUCAUUGGGAAAGAUUUUGAAGGGAUGAGUGAAGUUCAUAAAGCCUCAAAAGCCACAAUUGGGAUAUUAGCUGAUUCUGAAUCCAAUCUUCAUAGUCAUUCAUAUAUUGAUUUGGUGGGUACUGUUGAAGAAGUCAAUAUAGCUGAAGGACUCAUCCUAGAUAACAUACUAAAGACAUAUAGUACCUUGGCUUAUCCAGUAAUUCUGAUGCCGCCAACCAUUUAUGGGGACCACAUCAUCAUUCCUGUCAACAAGGUUAUUAGUGUCCUUGGGAGCUUCGGCACUAAUAUCUUGAGGAUGGAAAUGGAGUCUGGUGCAUGGAUAAAGAUUGAAGCUGGUGGUUCAGAACGGGAGAGAUUAAUCAAUGUAUUUGGUCCACGUGAGAAUGUCAUGAAAGCCAUCAAAUUAAUUCGGGCAGUAACCUACGAGCCCACGGAAGGUUCUGCAGCACAAGCGGAAUUGUGGCGAGAGUUUAAUGAGCCUUGUUGGCGUGAGUUUUUUGAACGUAAUGAAUUAGCAGCAGCAGCAGAAGAAGAAGCCAUGCUCAAGGAAAAAGAAAAACCAAAGCAACAGGUUGCUGGGGAAUCAGAUCAUGAUCGGGAAUCAGAAAAGACCAAGUCAAAAAAACCUCUAUCAGAAAGAAAGAAGGCGCCUUUUCUAAGAAGGAAAUCUCUAUCAGAGGGUUCUAAAAGAGCACAACCUCCUAGUCUGACUGAAACUUUUGGACGCUUGAAAAUUGGCAGUAGUGAUCAAUCGGAAAAAGGGAAGGAAGGUGGUUCAAAUGUAAAAAAUGAAAAAGAGCAUCAUGCUAAAGAAGAAGCUGAAGCUGAAGCUGAAGGUGAUGAACCAAAAGAGAAAAGUGACAAGGAUGUUUCUGCAAAGAAUAAAGAUGAAUUUGGUCAAGGGUCAGCAGAGUGAACAUUCUCCCACGUAUACAAAUGGUAUUAGAUAUUGUGCAAAAAACCAUACUAUAACAAACAUGAAUGAUUCGAAUAUAGAUGGUACAAAAUGGUUAUGAAAUUUUGUUGUGUCAAAUUUACAAAUAACAAUUUAGUAGCACCCUAGCAUAGUUGGUUCCAAGAUGGUAUAUUUGUUAAAUUGGUGAUAUAACAAAAUAAAUUUCCAAACAUGAAAAGAGUUGAAUCAAUGAUAUGCUAAGAAUUCCAACACACUCAAGUCCAUGGAAAUGGAAUGUUUUGACCAAAGAGUGAUUUCAGAAGAAAGCUUGAAUAUAUAACACAAGCUGAUGACCUUUUACAAGCUAAAAUCCAAAAUUUGAAAACAUUAGCCAGUGUUUUGGUACUUUUAUGUAUAAAAAACUUGUAAUGAGUCUUAUUUAUUACAACCAUGUCUUUUUCUUAUUAAGGCAUUGUACCUUGCAUCAUACAUGAUUAUAAAACAUGUCAGUUCCAGAAUU